AUGUUUACUUCCAAAGUACCUGGGGCCUACAGUAUUGAAGUGAAGAUUAAUGGCGAUAAACUACCUACCUGUCCUAUGACCGUGCAAGUCAAAGAACGUGAACUUGUCGUGGUCGGUGAGUUGAAGUUAAAGUUCUUUCCUGGAGAUAGGCUUAAAGGAUUAUAUGGAAUUGCUGUGAAUACGAAAGGCGAGAUAGCUUUAAUAGAUUACUUUGGCCAUUGUGUCUAUAUUUUUGAUAAAUAUGGCAACUGUUUAAGAAAAGUUGGAAGCAAGGGUAGCGAGGCAGGACAAUUUGAUUACCCUAAUGGCAUUUCGUUUUUAAAUGACAACGAGGUCCUAAUUGCAGAUCGAGGCAAUAAUAGAUUACAGAAAUUGAAUAUUCAGACAGGAACUGUGGUGAAAAGUUUCGGGAAAUGCGUUAAAAGAAAAGGAGAGUUGAAUUCUCCAGCAGAGGUUACUGUGGACGAUGAAGAGCGUAUUGUUGUAACCGAGCGGGGCAAUAAUAGGAUACAGGUGACGUCUAAGGAUGGGGAAUCUAUUUUCACAUUUGGAGAGAAGGCCCCAGGGAAACUCAAUCGGCCAAACUGCUGCAUUCCUUGCAAAGCCAUGUUUCUCGUAUCUAAUGAAGGUAAUCACUGCAUAAAAACUUUUGAUCAGUCAGGAACAUUCUUAUACGAGUUUGGCACACAAGGGAGUCAAGAUGGACGAUUUGAAAGUCCGCAUGGUCUGCUUGUAGACAGCUCCAAUAAUCUUCUUGUAUGUGACUUUGGCAAUCAUCGAGUUCAGCAGUUUUCUUUGGAUGGUCGCUUCACAGGCAAAAGUAUUACUCGUUUACCAACACCUACUGCGAUAACAACAGCACCAGAUGGGCGUAUUCUUGUGACCAGCUUUGACGAAAAAAAAGUGUACACUUUGAAAUAG